CGGCUCUGCUCCGCUCUUGGUCUUGCGUUGUUCGGAAGGAAUCUUUACCCUACCCGUGGACCCAAAUAAGGUUGGCUUUACGUAUUCCUUAUCAUCAGUGGUGAUCCCUGAAAUAGUGUAGUGUAGUCCCCAAGUCUGAGAACGGCGACCCCGAGGAUUCACAAGGAAGAGUACGGACCCUCAUCCAAACCGAACCCGGCCUUCUCACUACCACUUUUGUCCCAUAAACCUUCACCUGCAACACUUUUUUUUUUGUCCUCCCCUUGCUUCAUUUUGAGCAAUCAUAGACUUUUUUUGUUCGUUUCUUCUUAUUUUCCUCUUUCCAGGUUUCUUUCCUGGAACAACAACGACUGUCGACUCCAAAGCAUCCUGACCCCUCAUAUAGAUCACGAGUCAAGAAGAAGUGAAGACAUCUCGGCAUCUCUUCAUCAGUCACACAGGCGCAUCGCGCAUCACACACCGUCAACGACCUCUGUGCCGUCUCACGGGAGUCGACAGAUCGCAAAUUCGCAAAACGCCUCCUUGGGCGCAAACUGCAUAGCAUCUUGAUAACCGGCUAACUUCCCACGUCGUUUGCAACGAGGGGAUUGGUCAGGUCUCAUCACGCCUCUCUCUCUCUCUUCAACCUCAACUUUUUUUUUCUCUCUUUCUCCCUAAUCACAGGCUUCAUAGCCCACAUCAUCAAAAAUGGACUCCGUACCAGCCCAGACGCACCAGGGCUUCAAGGAAGCGGGUGCUGCUUCUGCCUCUCACCUCACAACAACCACUUCUCUACCGACCAAGGUUGAGUCACGGACAGCAGUGAUGGAGGCUCUGGAGGAUAUCGUCUACGGAUCUGCCGCCGGUAUCGUAGGCAAAUACAUCGAAUACCCCUUCGACACGGUCAAAGUCCGCCUGCAAUCCCAACCCGACCACCUUCCCCUGCGGUACACGGGACCCCUCGACUGCUUCCGCCAAUCCAUCCGCGCCGACGGCUUCCUCGGUCUGUACCGUGGCAUCUCGGCCCCGCUCGUCGGCGCUGCCCUCGAGAACUCGUCCCUCUUCUUCUUUGAGCGCAUCGGCCGCAGUCUUUUGUACUCAUCCGGCUUCGCCCCGCGCGACUCGGAGCUCUCUUUGUCCGCCCUCUGGUUCACCGGCGGCUUUUCCGGCGCUUUUACCAGCCUCAUCCUCACGCCCGUGGAGCUAGUCAAAUGCAAGAUCCAAGUCCCUGAUGAACCUGGCGGAGCAGGAGCACGACAGCGGCAGCUGAAGCCGAUCCCCGUGAUCAAGGAGAUCUUUCGGCAUGAAGGACUACGUGGGUUCUGGCAUGGGCAGCUCGGCACGCUGAUUCGCGAAGCGGGCGGUUGCGCGGCCUGGUUCGGGUCCAAGGAGACCACGUCCAAGUGGUUCCGGGGGAGGAACGAGCGGGCGCUGCUGAAGCGCGGUGCGAGCCAGGAGGAGGUGGUGGCGAGUAGGGAACGGCCGCUGCCGCUGUGGCAGCAGGCGAUUGCGGGGGCGUCGGCGGGCAUGAGCUAUAAUUUCUUGUUUUUCCCGGCUGAUACGGUCAAGAGCCGGAUGCAGACGAGCCCGAUUGGUGGUGGUGGGGAUAAUGGAGGAAAAGGAGCAGCGACGAUGAUGCCCAAGAAGAGUUUUGGCGAGGAGGCGAGGGCGUUGUGGAAGCAGGCGGGCAUCAAGGGGUUUUAUAGGGGGUGCGGGAUCACGGUGUUGAGGAGCGCGCCGAGCUCGGCCUUCAUCUUUAUGGUGUAUGAUGGGUUGAAGAAGUAUUUUCCUAUGGCUUGAGGGAGGGGAGGGGUCAUACAUUCUCAUUAGAGGGGAAGGAAAAUAAAGCAAUAAGGGGCAUGAGAUCAAAAGGGGUCCGUCUAUGUUUGGUUGGUUUUUGGGCGGGAGGAGAGGGAAGGAUCUAGAGAGCAUAAGGAAGAUGGUUGGUAAACUAUGGGAAGGGAAGACGAAGAAGAGGAGAAAGAGGGGGGGAAGGGAGGAAAACGGUCGGCGGCGCAAAGUUUAUAGAUGGGGUUGGUUGGAACUGGAGCGUUUGCAUCUGUUUUUACAAACACAUCGUUUCAUUUCAAGGAGGAUUGAUGAUACCAAAGAUACUACGUAGGAAGAGGAAACAAAAAGGAAGGAAUGUGGCUAAAGAGGGACGGGACAUAGCCAGCCAGAAAUCUCAAGAACGUUCAGUUCAGGUGCAUCGAUAGAAGGAGGAGGCCUUUGGGUAGACUAAGUUGCUUGCAUAUACAAUAACAACUGGUUUAGAGCAACUCAAGCCGAAAUACCUUGCAAUUAGUACCUUGAGC